AUGAUGAUAGUUAGCAAAAUAAAGAGAGUUAUUAAAGUUGAAAAUUCUUUUAAGAACUUAGUCACUUAAUUAAAUAAAUUUUAAUAAUGUAAUAAAUCACUAUAGUAUAACCAAGAGUUAUAAAAUAGGAUUAGCUUUUAGUUUUGUUCCAAGCCAUAUAAUAAAUUUAAUGAUUCUACUCAUUUCAAUAAAGUAGGAAGUGAUACAAAAAGAAAUGAUUAAAAUAAAAAGUCUUUAGAGUAUGAAUAGAAUUCUAUUUUGAAAUAAUUAGAAUUGGAUGAAUUUUAAAUACCUAAAAAUUAUAAAAAUUGUACAGGAUGUGGUGUAAAAUUUUAAAUAGAGCAUCAAAAUAAGUUGGGCUAUAUCGAUAAAAAAGUACUUAAAGAAAUAGUUGAUCACAAUAAAAGAAUAGAUGAAGAAAUAGAAAAUGGAGAUAUUGUUGUUAAGCGUUCUAAUUAGUUUGAUGAAAGCGAUUACAUUAGUAAAUAUAUGAUUUAAAAUAACAAGUUGUAAUAGCUUAAGAAUACAGAUCAUAAAUAAUUUAUUGAAAUCGAAGAUUUAGAUAUGUUAGAAGAAAUCGAAUCCAAAAAAGAAAAUAUGACUGUUUACAAAAGAAAAGAAAAAAAUUUAAAAUAUAAAAAGCCUAUUUGCUACAGAUGCCAUUAAUUAAAAUAUCAAAAAAAUUUAAUUGAUUAAUAAUCUGAAAUUUCUAGAUAGAAUCAAUAAGAGUAAAACUAGUAGAGCAAUCUCUCUGAUGAUGAAAAUGAAGAUCACUAACAAGAAUUAGAGAUGACUGAUUUUGAAAAAGGUGAUCUUUUAGCUACAAAAGAUCCAUCAGAAUUUUUGAAAAAAGCCUUUAAGUUGGUAAAGCGUAAUUCAACUAUUAUAUUUGUCGUAGAUGCCACUGAUUUAUUUGCAACUCUCAACACUUCUAUUGUCGACUAUGCUUUUGCUUAAAACCAUAAAAUCAUAUUAGCUGUUAAUAAAAUUGAUGCUCUUCCUCCAAAUAAUGUCUAGUUUAACCAAUUAAAAAGUGUUGUUAAGAAAUGCAUUUUAGAAAAAUAUCCUAAUAAUCUUCAUCUACUAGAAGAUAUAGUUUUAGUAAGCGCUAAAAGCGGUGAAGGCUUGGAAAAGAUUACUAAAUACAUUAUAUCUGCUAAAAUGGAAUCUAAAUAAUAUUAACAUAGCAGAUACUCCAAGAACUUUUAUGUGAUGGGAUUUGCCAAUACAGGAAAAUCUUCUUUUAUUAAUGCUUUAAACAGACAAACAAAAAAACUUUUGAAAAAAUAGGAAGAUCAGCAAACUAAUUCUAAUCCAGAAAAUCUUAAUUCAUAAGAUAAGCUAAUGAUUAAAAGGCUUUUAGGUGGAACAUCAGUAGGUGGAGAAGAGGAUGAUUAAGAAUUAACAACUAGCUCUAUACCUGGUACAACUGUUUCAUUUGUUAAAUCAAGAAAUAAAAGAUUAAAUGUAAACAUUUAUGAUACUCCAGGUAUUCCUAACCCUCAUUAGUUGUACCACUACUUUUCCAACCCCACCGAUGCAAAAAUUAUAGUUAUAGAUAAAAAAAUAUCUCCAUAAGUCUUUACAAUCAGUAAAGAUCUCAGCGUAUUUUUUGGAGGACUAGCACGUAUAGACUAAACAUAAGGAAUAGACGUGAACGCAGCUGUAUUCAUGUCAUCUCAUAUUGCUGUCCACGUAACAAAAUCUUACAAAGCUAACGAGGUAUUCAUUAAGCAGUAUAAUAAUAUCCUUGUUCCUGUUCUUAAUCCUGAUUUUACUUAGAUCAUUUUCUAGAGACACGUGAUAGAUAUUUCUUUCGAUUCAAAAGGCAGAUGUAACUAAGAUUUAGAAAUAUUUGGACUUGGUUGGUUAAGCUUUACUUCAUAAAAAGUUUGCAAAGGAGAAGCUUAAUUCUUUUUAUAUUUGCCAGAAGGAGUUUAAUAUAAAUUAAGAGAAUCAUUUUAUAAAUUUGAUAUAAGCUUGAUGAGUAAAAAAAUAAGAACAAAGCAAGUUCAUUCUAAUGUGAUUGAAAAACAAAAAUAAAUAAAUAUUUCUAAAUUAAAAUAAAAUUGA